GCAUGGGAAAGCUGAGAUUCAUAAGACUCCAUUGCACUAUUCUUGUAUUUUUGAUAAUUUUUUUUUUGCUUUAAAUAUAACGACUAUGAAUGCGUGGCUUCUUAGCGCUAUGCUGAUGAAGACAAGUGUUUGCACUUCGUGACACAUCUAAUGUUUCCAGGGCCAUUAAGUGUAUAAGCAAACCCGAGAAGAGCAAAGUGUGAGGAUAUCAUCGCCUAGACUGCCCUUGGCGAGACUCGCAACAAAGGAGAGAUCACCUAGCUUAGCGAUGAACAACUCAACUUCUUCAGAGAUCGCAGGCGCGGAUGGCUUAUUUGCGUGGGCGUUUAUCUUCGGUGUGGUGUCCAUAGCCGUGGUCAGCGGUAACGCUAUCAUUAUAACAGCAUUCGGCCUGAACACCAAGCUUCUGCACAUGCGCACUAACUACUUCCUAGUCAGUCUUGCGGUCGCUGACCUGCUCGUGGGCGCGUUCUCCAUUCCCAUGUACGUAUACGAUAUAUUUACGUACUUGGAGUCAAGGCGUUCCAGACUGCAUACCAUUUAUAACGCCAUAGAUAUCUUUACUAGUUUCGCGUCUAUCUUUGCACUGGUGCUGAUAGCACUUGAACGGGCGUACUCAGUGAACUUCCCUCACAAGCACCGUCUGCUGAAUCAGCGGAUUUACUUCCUGUUGAUCAUGUCCGCCUGGGUCGCGGCCACGUGGUUGGGAAUUCUUCGCCUGGUCGCCGGGUACCAGAGCAGUAGACUGCUCAUUAACAUAUUUUCGUACGUGAUGAUGGCUUGCAUUUUUGUGUCGCUAGCGUUGAUCAGCUCAUCGUACGUGUCUAUCUGGCAUCGAGUGCGUAACCCUGUGCAGUCUCUCCACCGUACGCGCAGUGCACAGGAAAAACGCCUCGCCAAGACCCUGACUAUCGUCACGUGUGUUUUCUUCCUGUCAUGGCUACCAUUCUACCUCAUCAACAUUACGAUUUUCUUCUGCCCUGAUUGCUACCACCUACAAAUCGUCUAUUGCAGCAAGUUGCUCCACUUCAGCAACUCCAUAGCGAACGUGCUCAUCUACACACUCCGGAUCAACGAGUUCAAACACACCGUGAUGAAGAUCUUCUGUCAGCACCGUCCACACCUGUCGAUCCCGCCCCGACACGCGCACCGCUACGGGAUGGAGUGCGACACGCAUGCGCCGUUUCACGAAAUUAAGAACGAUAUCCACCUGCUGAACGUUGGCGAGAUUGAUACUCACCCCUCAGAGCACGACUUAGGGGACGUUUCUCCUGUAGUUCACAGUGGCAGGCGAUCAAUAGUAUUUCAUCUCUGAGAUUAAACUCCCGCGCCAGUAGGGCAAAGGAAACCUGAGCGGUUGGCAAACUGGUCUCUGGACUGCACUCUCAGAUUCAAGCCUCGAUUCGGACAUUUAAAAGUAUAUACACACUGCUAUUUGUUUGGGAUGUCUAAGCUACUGUAUUUAGGGGAUAGGUUAAAACCGUGGUACACACCACUGGGAUAUGUUUCACGCAUGAUAUCGACGCGUGGCAACAUGCAAAUCAUUUAAUACAUUUACCAUAGCUUCACAUAUCGUAGCCAAGUUUAGGACAAGAGGGAAACAGGAAAGAGUAACUGACAGUGUUAGUAAUAGACGUAAAUAUUUCCUACACAACAUUAAAUAUACAUUGUAAUAGAAAUAAAGGAAUACCGACACCGUA